AUGGACGCCUUUGACUUUGGGCAACUGUCCGUCAGCGGGCGCAAGAUCAUUGUCGGUAUCGACUUUGGUACCACUUAUUCAGGAGUAGCGUGGGCUGAAACUCAACGUCCCGAUCGACGGACUGCAAUCACUACCUGGCCGAUCAGCAAAACCAUCCGUGAGGGCGAGUCUUCGGACAAAGUUCCUACCAAGCUGCGAUAUGCCGGUGACGAGGUUCAAUGGGGGUUUUCCAUCCCCGUUACUGCACCGCAAGAUGAAGUUGUCGAGUGGUUCAAGCUCGAUCUCGACCCCUCUCUCCAAAGCAUGGGACAAGCUGUCUCCUCAGAAGCUCGAGGUGGCCGCAAUGUCGACAAGCUUGUGACAGAUUACAUUUCUGCCCUGGGUGAUCAUCUUGUCUACACUCUGAAGGAAAAGCUCGGAGAGCAGGUUGUCAAUACCACCCCGUUGGAAUUUGUGGUCACGGUGCCUGCUAUCUGGUCAGAUCUCGCCAAGGACAAAACCAAGCAAGCCUGCCAGAGGGCUGCUGGCCUCAAUACCGUUACCAACACUGUUGCUCCCAUCCAUCUUGUCUCCGAGCCCGAGGCUGCUGCCAUCUAUGCCUUACAUGGCCUGGACCCACAUGGGCUCAAGGUGGAUGACACUGUGGUGGUUGUGGAUGCCGGAGGAGGAACUGUGGACUUGAUCUCGUACACAAUUACCAGUCUCAAGCCCAUUCUGGAGGUACAAGAAGCUGCUCCAGGAUCUGGUGCGCUAUGCGGCUCGACCUUCCUCAAUAUGCGCUUCGCCAAAUUUCUGAAGGCUAAGCUGGGCAAGGAGGACGGAUUCGAUGACGAGAUCAUGGCCGAGGCUAUGGAACAUGCGCAGGUCAAGCGACAGUUCACGCUCGGUGCUGCUCCAGACGACUCUUACACCAUUCCAGUUGGUGGUCUGGCCAAUAACAAAGAGCUUGGAAUCAACCGCGGUCGUUUCGCCUUGAAGGCAUCAGAUCUCCAAACAAUCUUCGAGCCCGUUGUUCUGGAGUGCAUCAAGCUUGUCAAAGACCAGAUCACAGCAAGCAACGUGCCGAUUCGUGCCAUUCUCCUUGUCGGCGGUUUUGGCGCGUCCAACUAUCUCAAGGAGCGCUUGCGUAACGCCAUCGACAAGAGCAUCCAGAUCAUGCAGCCGCCCAAUGCUUGGCAGGCAGUUGUUCAAGGCGCCGUCAUGAAGGGUCUAGCACAAGUAUCUCCUGAUAAGCUCACGCAGGUCAAGGUGCAGAAUCGCAAGGCCAGGAAGCACUAUGGCACCGAGUGGCGAAGCAAGUACGAUGCUAAGCUUCACAAGCAUCUCGAACAGAAGCGACACUGGUGCGGCUUGGAUGGUUGCUACAAAGUGUACACCAUGGAGUGGUUUAUCCAACGCGGCGAUAACGUCUCCGAAAACGAGCCGUUCUAUACAUCAUUCGUAUGGACCGGUCUGGUCAGCCAGGGCCGUAUCAAGAAGAUCAAGAUGGAUAUCUACGCAGACCGCAACCAGAGGAUUGCGCCUGUUGCUCGGGAUGAGAAUGUUUCAAUGCUCGUUCAUGUCGAAGCUGAUGUCGGACACAUUCCCGAGCACAUGCUCUCUCGUCGCCAGGGGCUUGAUGGCCAAUGGUACUACGAGCUGAAUUGUAAGAUCGAAGCCGUCUAUCUUUCGGCGUCAACCACGUACACAUUGCUCUACAACAAUCAACGGUACAACACGGUGACGGCAGAGUAUGUUUGA